AUGAUGAAACAGAAAGCUACGAAGGAACCUGCCACGAAGAUUCCUGCACGCUCCGCUUUGGAACAAACAACUCCUUGCGACGCUUGGAAAUGGAAUGGAUACAAAUUGCCGGCGCCAGAAUUGUGCAUCCAAGCGGCAUUUUGGGCGUUCCUUUUCUGCAUCAUCUCAUUGCUGAGCCUUUCUUCAACCCAUGAUAAAACCGUACCUGAAGCAGUGACUAAUAUCUUCUUCACAAUGCUCGAAUGCGGUUUUGCUACUUUGUAUUUCUCUGGUAUCGCCUGGACCCUGAAUGAGCUGUUUCCCCAGUAUUGGGCUAAAGAA